CCAUGGAAGAAUCUUCGAAUAAUCCAUCUCAGAACACCUACAUUGGAAGACGAACAGGGCUUGACGUUAAAGCUGGGAAGAACAUUCGACGUGAUACCUAUGGAUAUGAAAGGUUCGAAGAUUACUGGAGUUCCGAUGAUGACGAAGAAGAAGAGGAAGAAAAUUACAGCAGUACUGUCAAGAAUACAGAUGUACAGGUUGCAUUGAAAGCAAAAUCUCCUGCUAACCUGAAAGUCGGUUUGAAGCGACUGAGCUCACAAACACACAACUCUCCCAGGGGGGAUGGUCCUACUGGUGAUUCUGCCAAGGAGCAUUCUGCUAGUAUGGUCAGGAAUAAAGAUGUACAAGGAGGAAUGAGAACAAAGUCGCCUGCGACUCUGACAUUGAGUUCAAAGAGACAGUGCUCAGAAGCACGUAUUUCUCCUACGGAUACUGCGCACACCGGCGACUCUACCAGGCAACAUCCGACUAGUAAUGGCACAGCGACUAAAAAAAACAAAAGAAACUUGAAGGCUAUCGAACCAUCACCUGGGCAGCAGGCAUUCGUGCGUGUUAGGAAUCCACCACACAUCAGCAGCCAGAUCACGUAUGAGGGCGAACACACCUCUGGCUCGAUAACCAAGUCCAUGGUUCAGCCAGCUGAUGACGGCAUCAUCCGAGCAAAGACCAAAAAACGGCUGACGUUCUCCGAUGCCCUCGUUACACAAGCCCACGAGAUCAGCACCACGGCCGAUCCAUCGUCUCCUGCGCCCGACGACCAAUCACGCGCAGAGCCACAUUCCGCCUCCGCCCGAAAGUCCGGCGUCGAUUCGAAGCUGCAAUCGCGUGUGCCCACCCCGCAUGCGUCGCGGACCACCUCCCUGCGGAAGUCGCAAGUCCAAACGUCGGGCGUGGCCUCUCCACUGAAACCACCCGCUGAUUCCUCUCAGAAGUUACGCGCUGCCUCCCUCCGAAAUUCAGCCGCCAACUCUCAUGAGAAGACACACACCAUCUCUCCUCAGAAGACACACACCACCUCUCCUCAGAAGACACACACCACCUCUCCUCAGAAGACGCACACCACCUCUCUUCAGACUUCUCAGACUGCCUCCUUACAGUCUUCUCAGACUGCCUUCUCUCAAACUUCUCACACUGCCUCCCCUCACAAUUCUCAGACUGCCUCCCAUCAGACUUCUCAUGCUGGCUCCCUGCAACAACCACCCGGCGGCAGGAAGUGGGCGAAGCCAGUCGACGAUGCAGACAAGGAUGCUGCACGCGUCGGCGCCUUCGUGUCGCUAACGACGAGCUUCGCCGCAGCGAGGCAUCUCCCCGACAACGACGACGACGACGACGACGACGACGACGACGGGGAAUUCGCGAUUGUCGACGAGCCGUUUGUGUUUCGCCGACGUUUGACAAAGGAAGUCGCCAGGAGCGCAGCUAGGAUUGCCAGCAAGAGCGCAGCCAAGAUCCCUGGCAAGAGUGCAGCCAAGAGUGCAGCCAAGAUCGCCAGCAAGAGCCCUGCCAAGAGUGCAGCCAAGAGCUCUGCCAAGAGCCCCAGCAAGUCUGCGAAUGCUUCGACGAGCGGGAAGAGCGGGGCGAGACGGUCGGCCGAUCCUGCUGACGUGUCAUCGGAUGCGGAGAUGAACGGGCCGACGGAUGACGGGACGCUGCGCGGGGUCGAGAGAACGCAGAGGAAGACAGACGCGAGCGCGAGGAGAGGAAGUUCGGAUGCGGGCGAGGCGAGCGCGCCGAACGAAGCUCGCAGGGUCUCGUCGCCACGGAAACGAGCUACGGUCGACGACGACGACGACGACGCGCCGUUGAUGAGGACGAAACGAGGGCGAGGGCGAGGGCGAGGGCGAGGGCGAGGGCGCGCAGGGGUGCCGGCGUCGCGAAUGAGGAAGGCCCGCAUGAUCGUCGACGACGACGACGGAGGCGACGGCUCGGAGGAGGAGCCGCCGCUGAAGAGCGCGCGGCAGUUUGUGCCGCGCGACGGAGAGGAGGGUCUGAGGAUGGCCACGCUCCAGACACCCAUCUCCGAACCCGACCGCACGGCCAACGACACCGUACUAUGGAGGAGUGGGCCCAGCAUAUGGAGGAAGAGCCUACCAGCACUAUCACAGUCAUGUGAAUUUACCGAUCGUACUAAUUCCUCAGACGAGAUCAGAUGCAUGUCUUCACCAGAGAACCUGUCACCGAUAGAAGCUCCAGGGAGCUCAAAGAUUCCAUCGAAAAAGCGAGCAUCGAAUAAAUCGAAGAGAAAGUCAGCACCUGUGAGCGUAACCGAUGAAAACGAUGAUGCUGUGGAAGGAGAUGCUGAGUCAGAGGAGGAGGAGGAGGAGGUUCAUCGGAGGAUGCAAGCAUCCACACCAAUGCCUUCUGCAGGGCAAACAAAGACUCCAGCGUCCAUUCUUAAGAGAAGGAGGGCGGGAUACAGCACAAUGACCUCUAUGGGUGGAAUGCCGCAGCAUUAUUUUGAAAUGACGCGCGGCAUGACACCGGCAACCAUCAAUAUACUUCAAAAUAAAAAAGUCGUGUUUCAUCCAGACUGGGACGAGACACAAUUGAAGGCUCAAGGUCUACGAAGGUCGGAAAGAAAUAGGGUUCCACCGCUAGCCUUUUGGAAGAAUGAGCGCAUCAUAUACGAGAAACGUCAGUCUGGCGUUGGAUUCAAAAUCGCUGGUAUUGCUUCUCCCAUUAACGAUACUCCGAAUAAGAGGAAGGCACAAAAACCCGUCAAGAAGCACAAGCGUCUUCCGAAGACGCCGAGAAAUUUAUCCAUUCACGUGCCUCUGGAUGACAGUGAUGUUCAGGAGGUACCAGACAUGGUCAAGGUCUUUGAUCGUGAGCAGCAGGAAGAAGUCUGGAUGGAGUGCGUUAAGCCCUACGAGAGCCACUACUUUGUCGGACCCUUCGGCGAGCCGGCUAUGCACGACGACCCCAUUAUACUGAGCAGGAUGGUGCAGCAGCGGAAAUUCACCAUGGGCGAGCUGAUUAUCCACCCGCUGCAGAGAAGGAAGUCUCGUUCGUCCGCUCCGGUACGAUGAUGUUCAGAAUCAUAGUAGGAAAGAUGCUAGUCACGAUACACAAUACGACGAUCACGAUGGAGUCUGGAGGCUCUUUCUUUGUACCUGCAGGAAACACGUACAGCAUCAGGAACUUGAGGAAUGAUGAUGCGAAGCUGUCGUUCACCCAACUGAAUGACUGAUUUUUCCGGACAGUAACUACUUGCGAUGAUCGUAGUGACACAAACCUGCGUCUGCGUCAGCGUGUAUAUUGUUACACAGAUGGCGCCAGUCGACGAGUGGAGAGUGUGAGGUAUUAUUAUCCCAUCGUCGAGAGAGUAACUUGUUCCGAGUCUCUCAUGAGGUGCUUGUAUAAAAUAAGUGCAAGUUACAUUAAUAUUGGUUACAUUAGCUGGUGCUCAUUUCCUGGCAAAUGUCUUUCUAUUUAGUCUUUUAGUAGUUAUGCAUUGUUUUACACCGUUAUACAGUAGGCACUGUAUAAAUAGAUAAUUGGCAUGCCCUCAUAAACAUAUUGUAAAUAUAAUGUGAAUCUUUCACACAUGUAUGUAAACCUAGAAGAGUUAAUGGUAAUCUUGAAAAUUGGAUGUAACCGUAGCGAACUUUCUUUUUUUGCAUUAGUUGUACAUAGUCAUGAUUUUGGGAGGUUGCCAGUUUCAAGUAAUAUUGUGAAGAUUUCAAACAGUGACAGGCAAAUUUCGCACUUAGUUCUCCAUCAGAGUGCAAUAGUAAAUAUAGCAUUUAUAUAUAACAGGGUUCAUUUUUACUCAACCGUGAAGAUUGGAAACGUACCGCUUAUGUUUCGCCUCCU